AUGGUGGUGGCGACCAGGGUGUUGGUCCCCGACCGUACCUGGACUACGAGGCUGGAUCGCCGCGAGCCGCCGCCGUGCGCGGGGUCGUCGUCCGUGCGCGUCCGCCUCUUCCUGUCGCGGGAGUACUCGUCGCGCCGGCUCGCCGGCGGUGGCCACGCCAGGACCGACCACCGCGACAAGUGCGCCGGGAACGGCGACCAGAUCUUCUACGUGUACGACCCGGCCCUCUUCCUCUCCUACGAGGCGACGCGGCGCGCCGUGCACGGCAUGCUGGCGUCCAUGCCCCUGCUGCGGGGGGUCGACAUCUCCACGGACAACUGGGCCUCCUGCUCCGCCCUGGACGCGGCCGCCACGUCCAUGCGCGACCGGGCUCGGAAGGACGACGACGCGGGGCUCGGCGGCGGCCGCUACCACUUCUCCCUGGAGCUGGCGAUGGAGGUCACCCUCGUGUACAUCGAGCCCAAGGCGGUGGUGCGCGCUUGCGCCGAGACCGUCAUGCAGGUCGCCGAGCCGGCCUCCGCCGACCACCAGUGCACCAUAUGCAUGGACGGCUUCGACAACAUCGGCGCCGGGCCGACGGCCCCCGUGAACCUGCCCUGCUCCCAUCCCUUCCACACCCACUGCAUCACCGUGUGGCUCUUCAAAGGCCACAGCUGCCCGGUGUGCCGCCAUGACCUCAGAGGCCUCGUGUCGGCGCCAUGGGCAUCACAGGCGCGCAAGCUUGGACUGAAGUACUGA